GGUGGCAGUGGCAGGCAGCAAGUUUUGUUGUUUGCGCCUUUGGUGAAAAAUAUUGACAGCAUUUAGCCACAAAAUCUGAAAAUGGCGUCUACAGCUGGAUGUAGCGUAGGGCAUUCGCAGUCGACGAUACACGAAUAACGACAUGUUGGGUUUUUAGCACGCAAUACCAACAAAUAACGAGGAGGGAGAACCCAAAAAAGAGAUACACAAAUAACAACAAUAAUUUAAAAGCCCAACGCGAUGCAUUCGAGAACAACAACUUCCAGUUCGAGUUCGCUUUUGAGUUUGAGUUCUGUGAACAACAACAGCAACAGCAACCAUAAUAGCAACAAGGACCGCAGUGAAACAAGCAGGCGGCAAGUAACGCCCCGGACGCCCCAAAAAGAUUACACAAUGUUUCACAGAUGCCGGAGACGCUCCAGACGCUCCAACAACAGCUCAAGGUCAACAUUACCCGCCAACGCCAAUUCCAAUUUCAAUUCGCAGUCCAAUUUAAACAGCUGCCGCUCCUCGCAGCUGCCCUGGCUGCUAGUCCUCCUAGUCUCCUGCAGUCUGAUCAGUCUGGCAGCGGCGGGCGCGGCAGCGGACAAGGAGCGGGAGCGACGUCUCGAGGUUUUCGAGGGUGUGCCCAUUGAUCAUCAGAUUGGGUAUAUCGGUGAUUUCGAUAGCAUUGACAGUGGACCGCCCUACAUUAUAGUCGCCGAGGCGGGCGUUGAAACCGAUCUGGCCAUUGAUCGCACAACGGGUGAGAUACGCACCAAGGUCCGUUUGGAUAGGGAGACGCGUGCAUCCUACAGUCUGGUGGCAAUACCUCUCAGUGGCUUGAAUGUCCGUGUGGUGGUCACGGUGCGCGAUGAGAAUGAUAAUGCGCCGACAUUUCCACAGCCAGCGAUGCAUAUUGAGUUCCCGGAGAAUACGCCGCGUGAGGUGAAGCGUACUCUGUUGCCGGCUCGAGAUCUCGACCUGGAGCCGUAUAAUACACAGCGCUACAAUAUUGUCUCGGGCAAUGUGAACGAUGCCUUCCGGCUCUCCUCGCAUCGGGAACGCGAUGGAGUGCUCUAUCUCGAUCUGCAGAUUAGUGGAUUUCUCGAUCGAGAGACAACGCCGGCCUACAGUUUGCUCAUAGAGGCACUCGAUGGGGGUACUCCUCCCCUGCGUGGACUGAUGACUGUCAACAUAACCAUACAGGAUGUGAAUGACAAUCAGCCCAUAUUCAAUCAGAGUCGCUAUUUUGCCACAGUGCCAGAGAAUGCCACAGUAGGCAGCAGCGUGUUGCAAGUCUACGCAUCGGAUACGGAUGCCGAUGAGAAUGGCCUUGUGGAAUAUGCGAUUAAUCGCAGGCAGAGCGAUAAGGAGCAAAUGUUUCGCAUCGAUGCGCGCACAGGAGCUGUUUACAUUAAUAAACCGUUAGACUUUGAGACCAAGGAAUUGCACGAGCUUGUUGUUGUGGCCAAGGAUCAUGGUGAGCAGCCGCUGGAGACGACUGCCUUUGUUUCCAUACGCGUGACGGACGUGAAUGAUAAUCAGCCGACGAUUAAUGUGAUAUUCUUGAGUGAGGACGCCUCGCCCAAGAUUUCGGAAUCAGCGCAACCGGGUGAAUUUGUUGCACGCAUUUCUGUGCACGAUCCAGACUCGAAGACAGAAUAUGCCAAUGUCAAUGUCUCUCUGAAUGGUGGCGAUGGACAUUUUGCGCUAACCACCCGCGAUAACAGCAUCUAUUUGGUUAUAGUUAAUCUGCCAUUGGAUCGGGAAGCUACCUCCAAUUAUACUCUAAGCGUAAUUGCCACGGAUAAGGGCACACCACCACUGCAUGCAUCCAAGUCGAUCUUUCUACGAGUCACCGACGUCAAUGACAAUGCACCGGAGUUUGAGCUGGAUGUCUAUCAUGCGAAUGUCAUGGAGGUGGCCGAUCCGGGCACCUCGGUGCUCCAGGUGCAGGCUCGCGAUCGCGACGAGGGCAACAAUGCUGCGCUGAGCUAUGCACUAGCUGAUACGCCCGAUACGCAUGCACAGUGGUUCCAAAUUGAUACACAGACUGGCCUGAUAACGACACGGUCGCACAUCGAUUGCGAAACGGAACCGGUGCCGCAGUUAACUGUUAUUGCCAGGGAUGGCGGACAACCACCGCUUAGUUCGACGGCUACCGUUCUGGUCACCAUACACGAUGUCAACGAUAAUGAACCGAUAUUCGAUCAGAGCUUCUACAAUGUCUCCGUUGCGGAGAACGAGCCGGUGGGCAGGUGUAUACUUAAGGUAUCCGCCAGUGAUCCGGAUUGUGGUGUCAACGCCAUGGUCAACUAUACGCUUGGCGAGGGCUUCAAACAUCUGACGGAGUUCGAGGUGCGUUCCGCAUCCGGAGAGAUUUGUAUUGCCGGCGAGCUGGACUAUGAGCGGCGCAACAGCUACGAGUUUCCGGUGCUGGCCACCGAUCGGGGUGGAUUGAGCACCACGGCAAUGAUCAAGCUACAGCUGACGGAUGUCAAUGAUAAUCGGCCGGUGUUCUAUCCGCGUGAAUAUAAUGUGUCGCUGCGUGAAUCUGGACCGGCACAGGCUUCGAGCACACCGAUGCCUAUUGUGGCUGUAGUUGCCACUGAUCCCGAUGCGGGCAGCUUUGGUCAAGUCUCGUAUCGCAUUGUGGCCGGCAAUGAGGGGGGCAUCUUCCGCAUCGAUCGUGCCAGUGGGGAGAUCUUUGUCAUCCGGCAAGAUAUGUUAUCCGUGCGCACCCAGCCGAUGCACAUGCUCAAUAUCUCGGCCACAGAUGGCGGCGGUCUGCGCACCAGCACCGAUGCCGUGGUCUUCCUUAGCAUUAUCGAUGCCAUGCAACGUCCACCGAUCUUCGAGAAGGCCCGCUACAACUACUAUGUCAAGGAGGAUGUACCACGCGGCACUGUCGUUGGAUCGGUGAUAGCCACCAGCAGUGACACUGCUCAACGGAGUCCAGUGCGUUACUCGAUCUACUCGGGCGAUCCGGAUGGCUACUUUAGCAUUGAGCCCGCCUCGGGCAACAUACGCAUUGCCCAUCCGCUGGACCAUGAAGCGAAGGCGCAGGUAUUGCUGAAUAUCCAAGCGACCAGCGGGGAGCCGCCCGUUUAUGGCCACACGCAGGUGAACAUCGAGGUGGAGGAUGUGAAUGAUAAUGCGCCCGAAUUCGAGACGAGCAUGGUGCGCAUUUCGGUGCCAGAAAAUGCCGAGCUGGGCACACCACUCUUCGCUGCCCAUGCACACGACAAGGAUUCGGGCAGCAGUGGCCAGGUGACCUAUAGCCUGGCCAAUGGGAAUGCCACCAAGUCGGGCAAGCAGAAGGCGGCACAGGCCUCGUCUCUGUUCGCUAUCGAUGCACGCUCGGGCCACCUUGUGCUAUCACGACAUCUGGACUAUGAGACAGCGCAGCGUCACUCGUUAAUUGUGACGGCCACCGAUGCCGGAUUGCCGCCACUCUCGGCAGAUCUCACCAUACUCGUUGAUGUCCAGGAUGUCAACGACAAUCCGCCCGUCUUCGAGCGCGACGAGUAUGCGGUGAAUGUGUCCGAGUCGCGAUCCAUCAAUGCCCAGAUCAUCCAGGUGAAUGCCAGUGAUCUGGACACAGGGAACAAUGCAAGAAUCACCUACCGCAUUGUGGAUGCUGGAGCGGAUAAUGCCAGCCAGAGCUCGGCGAGCGUUUCAGGUGUGGAUACUGAUCUUGCCCAGCAUUUUGGAAUAUUCCCGAACUCGGGCUGGAUAUAUUUGCGUGCUGCCUUGGAUCGGGAGAGCAGGGAUCGCUAUGAGCUCACGGUUUUAGCUACAGAUAAUGGCACUCCAGCGGCACAUGCUCGAGCACGUGUGCUCGUCCGCGUGCUGGACUCCAAUGAUAAUGAUCCCAAGUUUCUGCGUGAGAGUUAUGCGUUCAAAAUUGAGGAGAAUCUGAGACGCGGCGCGGUUGUGGGCGUUGUGAGUGCCACCGACGCGGAUCUGGGCGAGAAUGCGGCCAUACGUUACAGCUUGUUGCCGGCGAAUUCCAGCUUUCAGGUGCAUCCCGUCACAGGAGAGAUAAGCACACGCGAACCACUAGAUCGGGAGCUGCGUGAACUGUACGAUCUGGUCGUGGAGGCUCGGGAUCAGGGCACACCGACGCGCAGUGCUCGAGCUCCUGUGCGUGUGACUGUGACAGAUGUGAAUGACAAUGCGCCGGAGAUAGCGGAUCCGCAGGAGGAUGUGGUGAGCGUGCGCGAGGAGCAACCACCCGGCACUGAGGUGGUGCGCAUACGUGCCAUUGAUCGCGACCAUGGCCAGAAUGCGUCCAUCAACUAUUCGCUUCUGAAGGGUCGUGACUCCGAUGGGCAUGGUUUGUUUAGCAUCGAUGCCAACACGGGCAUUAUUCGGACGCGCGUCAUGCUCGACCACGAGGAGAGGAGCAUCUAUCGUUUGGCUGUGGCGGCCACCGAUGGCGGCAAUCCGCCCAAGCAGACGCUGCGAAUGCUUCGCGUCGAGGUGCUCGAUCUGAAUGACAAUCGGCCGACGUUCACCAGUUCCAGUCUCGUUUUCAGGGUACGCGAGGAUGCUGUCGUUGGCCAUGUGGUGGGCUCGAUUAGUCCCAAUGAGCGUGCCGAUCUGCCACCAGUUAGCAGUAAUAGUCUGGAUGAGCUGACCGAUCUGCUGAGCGUCACAUAUACUCUCAAUCCUUUGACAAAGGAUCUGAUUGAGGGCGCCUUCGAUAUUGAUAGGAACACAGGCAAUUUGGUUGUAGCCCGCCAGCUGGAUCGUGAGUUGCAGUCGGAGUUUCGCUUGGAGAUACGUGCUCUGGAUACCUCAGCUAGCAAUAAUCCUCAGAGCAGCGCCAUAACGGUUAAAAUCGAGGUUGCUGAUGUGAACGAUAAUGCGCCAACUUGGCCCCACGAUCCCAUUGAGCUCGAGGUGAGCGAAUCCUUGAUGGUUGGCUCUAUCAUCUACAACUUUACGGCCACCGAUGCGGACUCGGGCACCAAUGGAGAACUCCAAUAUCGAUUGCUGCGCUAUACACCCCAACUUAAUGAGACUUUGGAGAAGACAACGCCAAUCUUUGCCAUGGACUCCCUGACAGGGUCCUUAAGUCUGCAAGCACCACUGGACUACGAGUCCUUGAAGGAAUAUCUGUUAAUUGUUCAGGCUCUCGAUCAAUCCUCGAAUGUCACAGAGCGCCUUCAGACAUCAGUGACUGUACGCCUGCGCAUCCUGGAUGCCAAUGAUAAUGCGCCACAGUUUGUGGUGCCCAGCACAAGUGGCGGUGGUGCAGCCACCGUUUAUGUCAGCGAUGCGACGCGCAUUGGUGAAAUGGUCACCCACAUUUUGGCCGUUGAUCGCGAUGCUGGAGAGAAUGGACGCAUCUCCUAUGACAUAGUCAAUGGCAAUGGUGAGGGUCGGUUUCGCAUUAAGCCACAGUCGGGCAUCAUUGAGUUGGCCAAAACGCUGCCACCUGCCUUCGAGCAACUGGACAAAACGGGGCGGUUCACGCUCACCAUACGUGCCAGCGAUCAUGGUGUCCCCAAUCCCAAGCAGACUACGCUCAGCCUUCAACUGAUGGUGCAGGGCAGCCACAGCAAUCCACCUCGAUUUCUGCAGGCUGUUUAUCAUGCAACCAUACUGGAAAAUGUGCCCAGUGGCAGCUUUGUGCUGCAGGUCGCGGCAAAAGCUUUCCAUGGAGCCGACAAUGCAAAUCUGAGCUACGAGAUACCCACUGGUGUCGCCGACGAUCACUUCCACGUGGACUGGCAACGGGGCAUUGUGACGACACGCGGCCAGUUCGAUCGUGAGCUGCAGUCCCGUUACACUCUGCCCGUCUAUGUACGCGAUGCGAAUCGUAUGUCAGCCACGCCCACAUCUGCUGUACGCAAGCAGCGCUCCUCGGAGAGCAACGCGGAGCUAAUGAGUGGACAGCAUUUCGAUGUGGCAACGCUUAUCAUCAGCAUUGGCGAUGUCAACGACAAUGCCCCCGAAUUCCGACCCGGCUCGUGCUACGGUCUCUCAGUGCCCGAAAACAGCGAGACGGCAAUUAUUCACACAGUUGUGGCCAGUGACCUCGACGAGGGUCCAAAUGCGGAGAUCGUCUAUAGUAUAAUCGGCGGCAAUUUAGGCAACAAGUUCAGCAUUGAUGCACGCACUGGAGAGCUCAGUGCCCGUUCCUUGGAUCGGGAGCAACACUCUCGCUACACGCUGCAGCUGCAGGCCUCGGAUCGGGGUCAGCCCAUCACCCAUCAGGGUCAUUGCAACAUCAGUGUGUUCGUCGAGGAUCAGAAUGACAAUGAGCCGCGCUUCGAGCUGGCAAAGUAUAUGGCCAGUGUGGCAGAGAAUGCGGCCAUUGGAAGCAGUGUGCUGCGGAUUAAGGCCAGCGAUGCGGAUCUGGGAGUUAACUCGAGAUUAGUCUACUCCCUGGCCAAUGAGACGCAAUGGCAAUUUGCGAUUGACAGCAAAAGCGGACUCAUUACAACCGUCGGCAAAUUGGAUCGGGAGCUGCAGUCGAGCUAUAGCUUCAUGGUGCUUGCCACCGAUUGUGGACGCUAUGAGGUUCGUUCCGGCAGCGUUGCGGUGCAGAUCAAUGUGCUGGACAUAAACGACAACAAGCCGAUAUUUGAGCGUUACCCCUAUAGCGGUCAAGUGCCGGCACUCAUUCAACCUGGACAAACUCUGCUCAAGGUUCAGGCACACGAUGCCGAUCAGGGCUCAAAUGGAGAGGUACUCUAUGCCCUCAAGGCAGAUAGUCUCCUGGGCUCAGCGGCGAUAAGGAGUAAAUUUCGUAUUAAUCCCAAUACGGGAGCUUUGAGUGCCACACAGAGUUUGGCCAGCGAGACGGGAAAUCUGCUGCAGCUGGAAGUGAUUGCAAGGGAUAAGGGUAAUCCACCGCAGAGUAGCGUGGGUCUAAUUGAGUUGAUGGUGGGUGAAGCGAGUCCCACAGCGCCCCAACUGCAUUUCCAAAAUGAAACGUAUAGAAUGAAGCUGCGCGAGAAUUCUCCAGCGGGCACAAGACUUCUCCAAGUGGGUGCCGUGCGAAGCGAUGGAAGGAGACAGAAACUAAGUUUCUCCUUUGGUGCUGGCAAUGAUGAGGGCAGCUUUAUUCUCGACUCCAGCACAGGUGAGAUACGGGUAGCAAAUCCAGCUCUGCUCGACUACGAUCGCUUUGCCACGCCCACAUUAGAGACGCCAAACCGCGGACGUGCCAUGCACUACGAAGAGAUGCCCGACCAGCAGGAGGAACAACAAGAACAGGUUGAGAAUUCCAACAGCACAAAUCGCAGUCAGCGAGCCUUGACGAGCUCUUCCUUCCCAUUGGCUGCCACACAACCACAUGAAUUGCGUCUUGUGAUGGUGGCACGCACCACAGAGCCACCAUUUUUGUCCAGCUAUGCCGAACUCAUCGUUGAACUUGAGGAUGAGAAUGAUAAUAGUCCACAGUUUUCACAACGCCAAUUUGUUGCCACUGCCUGGGAGGGAAAUAGCAAGGGCACCUUUGUGGCCCAAGUGCAGGCCUUCGAUGCGGAUGAGAAUGCAAAUUCCAGGAUGCGUUAUCACAUUGUUGAUGGCAAUCAUGACAAUGCCUUCGUCAUUGAGCCAGCCUUCAGUGGCAUUGUGCGCACGAAUAUUGUAUUGGAUCGGGAGAUAAGAGAUGUCUACAGCCUGAAGAUCAUUGCCACCGACGAGGGUGUGCCACAAAUGACGGGUACCUCUACGAUACGCGUCCACAUCGUGGAUGUCAAUGACAAUCAGCCAACGUUUCCGCCCAGCAACGUUGUCAGCGUCAGUGAGGCCACCGAACUGGGCGCCGUUAUUGCGUCCGUGUCGGCAAACGAUGUGGACACCUACCCAACGCUUACCUAUCGCUUGGGUCGCGACUCACCUGUUGAGGUGGAGAACCUUGCAGUCUUUGGCCUGGAUCGCUAUAGUGGCAAAUUGGUGCUGAAGCGUCGCUUGGACUACGAACUGCAGCAGGAGUACCAGCUGGAGGUGAUAGCGUCCGAUGCAGCGCAUGAGGCACGCACCACUCUAACGGUGCGCGUGGCGGAUGAGAAUGACAAUACACCGGAGUUCGUGGCACAGAAACCACCCGCUUACUUUGCACUACUGCCGGCGAUUUCAGAGCUGGUUGACAGUUCCUCCAUGGAUAUGGAGCUGUUAACAGUAAAUGCCACAGAUGCUGAUGCCGAGGGUCGCAAUUCACGGAUAAGCUACCACAUUGAACCGUCCGCCAGUGGAUUUAGUGUACAUGCCACAUCGGGUGUGGUGUCCGUCAAUAUGAGCCAGCUGCCCGCUGCAGUCUCCAGCAGUGGAGAUUACUUUGUCAACAUUGUGGCCAGGGAUGCGGGAAAACCGCAACGCACAGGCAGAACCCUGUUGCGCGUUCAACCCGGAGACAGUGCCACCGGACGUACACAAUUCCUGCAAACGCAGUACCGUGCACAAAUCAGCGAAGCAGCACCGCUCGGCUCGGUGGUGCUGCAGCUGGGUCAGGAUGUCAAGGAUCAGGCAUUUAGCAUAGCCAAUGGCAAUGAGGAGGGCGCCUUCGAGCUGCUGCCCACCACAAAAGCUAUAGUGCUGGUAAAACAACUCGAUCGCGAGCGCAACGAUCUCUAUAAAUUGCAAUUGCAGUUGACUCAAGGAAAUGUUCCAGGUGGAACUAUUUACAAUUCCAACUCCAAUUCAACGGCUGGGAUUACGGUGUUCGUUAGUGUGUUGGACGCAAAUGAUAAUGCCCCCGUGUUUGACGCCAAUGCAAAGUAUGAGGCAGAGAUAAGUGAACUAGCGCCACUCCGCUAUUCCAUAGCUCAAUUGAUUGCUGUGGAUGCCGACCAGGAGAACACGCCCAACUCUGAGGUGGUCUAUGACAUUAGCUCGGGCAAUGAUGAGCACAUGUUUACCAUCGAUUUGGUUAGCGGUGUCCUCUUUGUGAAUAAUCGUCUCGAUUACGAUAGUGGUGCAACGAGCUAUGAGCUAAUUAUACGCGCCUGUGAUAGUCAUCAGCCACGCUCACUCUGCAGCUUGCAGCCGUUUCAACUCUCACUGCACGAUGAGAACGAUAAUGCACCACAGUUUCCACUGGGGGAAUAUGUGCACUUUCUGGGCGAGAAUGAGCCCGCGGGUAGUUCCAUAUUUCGUGCUCAUGCCACUGAUCUGGAUCGAGGUGCUUUCGGGCAGUUGAACUAUAGUUUGGUGGCAGCGGAAGACGAUGAUUCGUCGUGGCGUCUGUUUCGUGUUGAUGCAACCAGUGGCAUUGUUAGCUCCGCGGCUGUCUUCGACUAUGAGCAACGGCAACGUUAUAAUCUCCAGUUGAGAGCCAGUGAUAUGGGCGGAAGGAGUGCUCGGGUGGCUCUGCGUGUGGAGAUUGAAUCGAGGGAUGAAUUUACACCACAAUUCACGGAGCGCACCUAUCGCUUUGUGCUGCCGGCAACGACGGCACUUCCACUGGGCUUCAUUGUGGGUCAGGUGCGAGCCACCGAUGCGGAUAGCGGUGCAGAUGGUCGGGUGGUUUAUCAGUUGAGCGCACCGCACAGUCACUUCAAGGUCAAUCGCAGCAGUGGUGCAGUUCUAAUCAAAAGAAAACUCGAUGACAGUCUCAUUGAUAACGAUAACGGACGUGAUAUCAGCCUGGUAAUCUCUGCCUCAUCGGGACGACACAAUUCCUUGACCAAUAUGAGUGUGGUUGAGAUUGCCUUGGAUGCCCUCGCACAUCCCAACACAAAUCUAGCCUCCAUUGGCGGUGAUGCAGCGGGUGGUGCGAAUGGCUCCUCUUCGGGUGGCCCCAGUGAUUGGAUUGUGGGUGUGCUGGUCACAGUGCUGCUAAUCCUCUGCGCCGCCGCGGGAAUCUUCCUGUUCAUCCACAUGCGCAGCAGAAAACCACAAAGAAAUGCAGUUAAGCCACAUCUCAGCAGCGAGCAGGUUGGUGUUGGCAAUUCCAAUAGCUAUGUGGAUCCAAGUGCCUUCGAUACAAUGCCCAUACGUGGUGCAGCGAGUGGUGGUGCAACUGGUGCUGUUGCUUCGGGUCAGUUUGCACCACCCAAAUAUGAUGAGAUACCGCCAUUUGGACCACAUGCGGGCAGCUCGGGUGCAGCGACGACCUCAGAGUUAUCCGGUUCGGAGCAGUCGGGUUCGAGCGGACGCGGCUCUGCCGAAGAUGAUGGCGAGGAUGAGGAGAUUCGGAUGAUCAACGAGGGACCGAUGAGUCAUCGCACCGGAGCUGGUGCUGGUAGCGAUGAUGGUCGCAUCUCAGAUAUAUCUGUGCAGAAUACGCAAGAGUAUCUGGCACGUCUGGGCAUUGUGGAUCAUGAUCCCAGUGGAGGCGGUGCAGGCGGUGGUGCGAGCAGCAUGGCUGGCUCCAGUCAUCCAAUGCCUAUUCCCAUGACAAUGCCAAUGGCGAUGCCAAUGCCAAUGUCCACGUUGCACAUGUUCGAUGAGGAUGCAACAGCCCGAUCGGAUAUCACGAAUCUCAUCUAUGCAAAGCUGAACGAUGUUGCCGGUGGUGCUGGUUCCGAGCGUGGCAGCAGUGCAGAUGAUGCAGCCACUACAGCGGGCAGCAUUGGUACAGUGGGUCAUGGUCAUGGACAUGGUGUGAUGGCCAGUUAUGGUGAGGUCCCAGUUCCCGUGCCCGUUGUCGUUGGCGGCAGCAAUGUGGGUGGUUCACUCAGUUCCAUUGUGCACAGCGAGGAGGAGCUGACGGGCAGUUACAAUUGGGACUAUCUGCUGGAUUGGGGACCACAAUAUCAGCCGCUGGCUCAUGUCUUCUCCGAGAUUGCAAGACUGAAAGAUGAUACCAUGUCGGAGCAUAGUGGGCACAGUGGCAGUGUCAAAAGUAAACAGUCCAUGGGUCACUCCUCGCACUCCUCGACGGGUGCGGGCAGCGUAGUGCUCAAGGCAGCACCAGCACCCGCCACACACAUUCCCCCGCCGCUGCUGACAAAUGUGGCGCCACGAGCGAUUAAUCUGCCGGGUGGUUUGCGCUUGCCACCACAUCUCAGUAUGACAGGCUUGCCACGCUCACCCAUUGGCCAUGAAGCGAGCGGUGGCUUCAGCACCUCUUCAGCCAUGUCGCCAUCCUUUUCACCUUCACUCUCUCCGCUGGCAACGCGAUCGCCUUCCAUUUCACCCCUGGGCGGUCCGGCAACCCACAUGUCGCAUGUCUCCCUGCCCCGCCACGCCCCCCAGCCCACGCAACGAGCGAAUGUGGGCACACGCAUGUGAAGUGUGUGCUAUAAUCUGUAAGCCCCAAUUCGUGUGAUCACCAAUUUAGCGUUAAAUCAAAAUAAUAAUAAUACAUACUUAGAUCUAGUUAGUGGCAGAGACUUGAAUUCGAAUGGAGCGCAGCGUACAUGCAUAAUAGUAUUACUUGCACCACCCUACCCACCACAAAAAAAAACCACCCUUGCACACACACAAGCAAUCAUUUAUAAUCAUUACAAUACAUAAGCCCACAAAAGUCUCAGCAACACAUUUUACAACUAUAUUUGCAAUCUUAUUUAUUAUUUUUUUAACUUUCCAUUUGCUUUCUAAAAUGUAUAUAAAUAUAAGAACCCUUUUGAUUCAACUUUUCCCAUGAAUGCCUAAAAUCAUGCAAUAAAAUGCACUUCUACAUAAGUCAAAUAUUCCUUUGUCCGCUACAAAUGCCAUCAUUAAGUGCUUGCUGGGAUCUCAUUAAGCAUAUCAACAUACCAACGCACACAUAUACACACACAUACAGACACACUUCA